AUGGAAUUCGCUAUGCAGAAACACAAGACCGCCAGGCGCGCCUCCGCCCAGUUCUACAUGUCAGCCGAGGAUCACGUCGAAAAUGAGAUGAAGCACGAGAAACUCCUCACCGAGACCUCGCGUAUAUCCUCCUGUUGGGCUAGUCUUCGCCUUUCAGCCAAUGAACGUCAGGAUGUCUCCGACUGUGGAACUUCCUCACCGGGCUCCUCUGGCAGUAGCCCCAUCAGCCACCAGCGUCCACACUCAUUCAGCGGUCCGCUAAUGAUUUCUGUCACCUGUUCGAGCAGCUCAUGCGUCGGGUCUGUCUGCACUACUGAAAGCACCAAAGCCGGGCCCGGUGUUUGCGGUGGGACCUCGGUCAACAGUCCUACCGUUCUAGUUCGUCCGGCCUCGUGCCAUCCCUCACCGGCCGCCUCCCCCGUCUCCUCUCGUGUCCAAUGCUACUCCCCGGGCGUUGGGCCCACAUCAUUUGGUCUUCCAGGCUCCAAGAAACGCACAGCCAGUACGAGCAGUGGUGGAAGUGCCAGCCCCCUACUUCUGAACUCUACCCUUGGCAGGAAACGCAUCUAUCCAUCCUGUUUUCAGACGGCUUGCAGUGGCGGUGGAGGUCAGUCUAGCACUGAUGAUAGUCGAGAGAGUUCCCCUGACCCCUUCGGUUCUGGUGGCGGCAGUAGUGGCAGGGCAUCAAAGUUCCUGCGUAGCUCCGAGGGCGCUCCAAUGCAGAUGUCAAUACAGCCCUCACCUGCCCUAGAGCAGUCUGUUGCUGUUACGUCACCCCCUUCCCCCUCUUCGUCCUCUCCCUCCUCAUCUUCUUUCCACCUGUCUGCAACCCCCCGGACAGCCCGAUGGCCACCCGCAUGCAUUGGCACCGCCACCACCCCCACCACGACGAUUACGACGCCGUCAAUCUCCACCCCAUCCUCUCCUGUGCCCUCCCAGCUGGCCUACCACCGAUACGCCUCCAAGAGCCCCUCCACUACUAGUCUCCCUUCACCUCAUCACACCCCCCUCUCCGCCUGUCCGGGCGCCACAAGCGCACCCCCGUUGAUCUUAUCCACCUCUCGGCAGGAGAGCGAAGAGGAUAUGCAAAGCAGCCCACCCCAGGAGAACGCUGAGGACAAUGUGAGAGAGGCGACUCGGCCAACACCCGUCAAUGGAAAGACCCCGUCGAUGCCAGAGACGUCACCUCCACCGCCGCUGGCCAGUGCUGACAACUGA